CGAUCUGCGUGGAUUUUCAUAGGUCCCACCUCUCCCCAUGGCGACGCCAUCCAUGGCGGCGAAUGCACGCCGAGACGGGCGUCAGGGCAACCAGCUGCGCCCGCCCGCCAUGGACCUGCGCCCGCUGCUGCGCGCGGACGGCUCCGCGCGGUUCCGCUUCGGGGACUCCGCGGUGGUGGCGGCGGUCUUCGGGCCCCGCGAGCCUCGGUCUCGGCACCGGGAACUCUUCGACCGCGCCACGCUGGAGAUCGUGGUGCGGCCUGCUGUCGGCAUCCCUGGACCCAAGGAGCGGCAGAUGGAGGCACAUCUGGCGAGACAGCUCGAGCACGUGGUCCUUAGUACCGAGUACCCGCGCACCCAGAUCUCAGUGGUGGUGCAGCUUAGCAGCUGCGACGGCUCGGUGGCGGCCUGCGCCGCCAACGCCGCGGCGCUGGCGCUGCUGGACGCCGGGGUGGCCAUGCGCGCCACCGCGCUCAGCGUGGCCGUGGCGGUGAAGCAAACCGGGGGAUCUCCGGUGCUAUGGCUGGACCCCACUGCAGCGGAGGAGGCGCAGUGUGAGUCCUUGGUGACAUUAGCCGUGGACAGCAGCCGGAACCAGCUGGUCUCCAACAUCUCCUCGGGCGCGGCCUUGGAUGCCGCCACCUGGGCCUCCUGCAUCGAAGCCGGGGCCAAAUCAUGCAAGGUACUUGAGGCCUUCAUGCGUAUGAGCCUCCAGAAGCGCCUGGAGACAUUCCUGAAGCCCAGCUGAGCCUGUUACCCCAUGUGGGGUUAUUUGUUGGGCCCGACUUCCUUGUGGCACAUUUCGAGUUGCCUCACAAACCCCCAAAAUAGGAAACAUGCGA